AUGGUGAACAACCUGUUCACUCGGGAUAAGAAAGAAGAUGUUCCUGAUGCUAAAGAUCUGCAGAACAAUUUGAAAGAUAAUCUAGAGGCUGAGGGAGCUAACGUUGAUGUAUUUUCAGAAAACGCGAGCCCUGAGGAAAAGGCUCGUGCUGCUCUCAAGGCCCAAAAUGAAGUCAAACCACGCGGUCAGUUCGCUGAGCACAUGGAGCAGCAAAAGCUCGCUGAAGCAGUGAAGCUCAAUCGAUCUGUCCCAUCUGACAUGAAUGGCGUGCGUAUUCGUCCUAAUGUCUCACUAAAAGAUGUCGAUGAGGCUAGUCGUCAGCAGGGUCAGUUGGGGGACGGUGUACUCGUACCCGGCGCACUACCAGCUGGUGCUCCAUCCCUUUCCAUACCUGAAUGGUACAAGGUAGGAUGGAUUGCAAAUUCACGCUAUCUGCAAGGAUUGCAGCCUGGUGAAAUCGAUGUACAGCUGGACCGUUUACGUGACACGGCUCUGGUGAACACACUUUUCAGUGACCUGUACUACGGCUAUCUGUGGUUCGAUGGUGCUGCCAUCGUCGGAGCUGUGGCUUUGACCUACAUCUUCACCAGCAUGGGCGGUGGAAUAUCGCUUGCUAUCAUUGUGGCGGCUGUGGCUUCUACAUACUACACGACGAGCAUUCGCCGCACUCGUCAGCGGUGCCGUGACGACGUGGUGCGCGAACUUGCUCGCCAUCGUAUGGCUUCCGAAAAUGAGUCGGCCGGCUGGGUGAAUCAUUUCUUGUCGCGCUUCUGGCUCAUUUAUGAACCCGUGUUGUCCGCCACCAUCAUUCAACAAGUCGACACAGUGCUGCGAGACAACUGUCCUCCUUUCCUAGACUCGCUCAGUCUAACAACUUUCACGCUCGGAACUAAAGCGCCUUUAGUUGAUUCUGUACGCACUCUUGUCGACACGGAAGACGACGUGAUUAUCAUGGACUGGAAGUUUAGCUUCACGCCAAAUGACGUGCAAGACAUGCCUGUGCAUAAGGCCUCGACCCGCAUCAACCCCAAGAUUGUACUUACUGUGCGCGUGGGUAAAGGCAUGGUUGGUGCAGGCAUGCCGAUCCUGCUAGAGAACAUGAGCUUCGUGGGAAUGAUGCGUAUUCGCCUCAAGCUGAUAAGCAGCUUUCCCCACGUGCAAACGGUUGACUUGUCGUUUAUUCAACCGCCUUCAUUCGACUACGAGCUCAAGCCUAUCGGUGGAAGCCAAUUUGGACUCGAUGUGUCGGCUCUCCCUGGUCUCUCUGGCUUCAUCCAAAACCAGGUUCACUCUGCCUUGAGUCCUAUGAUGUACAGUCCGAACCAGUUCACGCUGAAUUUGGAAGACAUGCUGUCAGGCACACCUCUCGACGCAACGUGCGGUGUACUGCAGGUCACAAUCUGGCACGCUCAAAACUUGGAGCGUCUCCAAAUUGACGGUGGUGUGCCGCGUGCCUAUGUGUCCAUAUCACUCAAUGGAGGCCCCGAGAUUGACCGUACACGCACGCGUGAAGCGCACCCGAGUCCCAGAUUCCGUGAGACCAAGUAUAUUCUGCUCAAGAACCUCGAGGGUCUGCUGACCAUGUCGCCCAUGGAGGACAACGGGGUGCUGCCUCCUUCGCGUCUUGGUGUAACGCGUUUUGAUCUCUCGACGCUUAACACAAACCCAUCGCCGGGCCGUAUGAACAAGGCCAUUAUGUACAGCGAUGCGCCCGUGGGUGCGUUGAGCUACUCGCUUGAUUACUAUCCGAUUAUGAAGCCGGAAGUGGGUCCUAAUGGUCAGUUGCUGCCCUUGCCCGAGGUGGCUGCUGGUGUCAUGCGCCUGACUAUGCACCAGGCGCGUAAGCUCGUCAAGCCCGAGGUGCUGGUCUCGCAGCAGCUCAGUGUCAAGGCGCGCCUCUUACUCAACAAGAAGGUCAUCAAAGAAACAGGCGUGAUCAAAAACACCAACGACCCUGUGUUUGAUGAUGUCACUGAGUUUCUGGUGAUCGAGCGCUUCGGUAGCGUUAUCACAGUGGAGCUGGUUGACUCUAACAAAUUGACGAUGGACCAAGUCGUGGCAUCGAUGAGCGUCAAGGUUGAUGACCUGAUCAGUGCUACGAAGCGUAAGCAAGACUGGUUUCCUUUUCCUGGUCAGAACGAAGCUCGUAUGCGCAUGUCGGCUCAGUUCAAACCUAUCCUUAUGUCCGGCAGCAUCAACGGCAGUAACAGCUACCGUCCAGCUAUUGGUAUACUCAAAUUUUGGCUACGUGGCGCACGCGAUGUCAAAAAUGUCGAGGCACUGUCGGGCGGUAAGUCGGAUCCGUACGUCAUGCUGAGUGUGAACAACAUGCCAGUCCACGGCUCUGCUGUGAUGGACGAUAACCUCAAUCCUGACUGGCACCAGAUCCUGUAUGCACCUGUGCAUGCCCUGGCCGAGGUUGUGCGGGUCGAGCUAUUUGACUACCAGAAUAGCACGGCAGACCGCUCGUUAGGGUACUGCAAUGUGCCAGUCGGUGUGCAUGCUGAUUAUGACACGGAAGACGACGCGUUCCAGUAUCGGAGCACAGGUCGCAAAGCGUAUCGUGAGCCACUAAAGCAGCCGAACGGAACCACGAAAGGAGUCUUGGACUUUGACGUCGACUUCAUUCCAGCCAUGCACGUGGAAGGUGCCAGCUUUGUCGAGCAGAACAAACGCCUUGAGGCCCAGCGUUACAGAGAGGCUGGGGUUCAGCAGAACGUUGGCAUUGGCUCACCCCUCGACUCACCAGAUGCAAAGCUUGAGGCUGGUGCCGCGUCUCAUGCUGGUGAUGCCAAUCUGCGGGAUGAAGACGACAAGGACGAAGAUCAAGGUUUGGUUCUGACGAAGGAACAACUCCUUUCUUGCCCAUCUGGUGUGCUUGUGUUCAACAUUAUCAGUGGUAACAUUCGUCGUCAGCGCGCCCAGCUCGAGGUCAUCUUUGAUGACAGUUAUUGGCCUGCGCACACAACUGAGCGCCGCAAGAACUACGAGUGGGAUGAAGUCGGUGAGGCAGUCAUUCGAGAGCUCGAUGUGUCGAAUGUAUGGUUCCGUCUUCGCACAGGUCGCCGUGACAGCGACAUUUUUGCCGAGUACACAUGCUCGACGAGGUCGCUGUUGGAGCGCACGCUGGAAGAGCCUGCCAAGAUUGUGCUUGUUCCGACUGAAGGCAAUGGCUCAAUCGACCAAACCAUGCUUCUUAAUGCACCCGGUGCCAUGUUAGAAAAGGGCAUGGGUGCCUCCAAUGCAAUACUUGACAAGGGUAAGAGCUUUUACCGUGAUGAUCACUCCAAGAUGUCUGGCAAAGUCUCCGACAUGAGUCAGAACGUUGCGGCGAGCGGCAUGGAUAGCUCUAGCAAGGUGGCCUCUGGUGAAGGCAUUCCCAUGCCUGCUGGCGGUGGAGAAAUUCUUAUCAGCUGCCGCUACAUUCCUAUGAACAUACAUUUGGAGCCGGUCGAAAGCGUCGUGAAUCAGGGUGCUCUGACCAUCGAGCUGCUUCAUUGCUCUAAUUUGCAGUCAGCUGAUGCUGGUGGCAAGUCGGACCCGUAUGUGCUAUUCCAGGACAAUGGUGUCACACUCGCUCGAUCCAAAACAGUCAAGCGGAACCUCAAUCCCAAGUUCAACGAGGUGCUUCCUGAAGUGCUCAUCAAAUCACGCCUGACGCACGAAUACUGCUUCAAUGUGCGUGACUGGGACCAAGUUAGUGCCUCAGAUCCGCUUGGCGUUGCCUACGUCAACCUGGCAGAGCUCGAGCCUUUCGAGACACACGAGCGCACGUACCAGCUGACUGGCAAAGGCGCGCUGCCGGAAAGUACCAUUACAGUGCGCCUUACCUUUCAUCCACGCUACUUGAACAACAUUGUUGGCAAAUAUGGCAACAUGGUGGGCAACAUGGCUCAGGGCGUGAUCGGUGGCAUCGGCAGCCUCGGCAAGGGCGUGGCUACUGGCGGUAUGUCAUUUGGCCAGCAGCUUAUGAGCAAAGUUGGUCUUCGCACCCAUCACGACAAAGAGCCAUCUUCAGAGGAAGUUGCGCAACAAUAUGCGCAACAGAGUGCAAGUAAGCAGUCCGCAAUGCAAGGCGCUGACGCCCCAGACAAAGGCGGCGCUUCUCAGCGUGAAUUACCAAUGAAGGACCCCAUGAACACAAGCCACUUUGAGGUGGACAAUUCAAAUGCAUACCAGUUCCAUCCUGCGACGGAUGCUAGCUCGAUUCACACAAGUGCGGAUCGCACCAGUCUCUCUAGUCGUCGUCGCGGCAUUGCCCAUCUGUUCAAAAAGCGCUCAUAG